CGCGCACAGGCUGCGACUGAGCUCAGCUUGGUUGUGGUGGUGGUGGUGGUGGUGGUGGUAAUAAUAAAUCCAAAUCCAGCCAUCCAGGUCCAGGUCCAGGUCCAGGGCUCCUCCAUUCCUCUUCUGACCUCGCCCGCCCGCGCCGAUGGAUUCCGCCGCCGCCCAGGCCCAGCCGACGCACGCGCCGGCCGACGAGGAGGAGGCGCGCCGCCGCCGGGGCACCGACUGCGUCUACUACCUCGCCUCCCCGUUGACCUGCAACAAGGGGAGCGAGUGCGAGUAUCGUCACAGCGACGGUGCCAGGGUGAAUCCCAGGGACUGCUGGUAUUGGUUCAACGGCAACUGCGCGAAUGCUAAAUGUUCGUUUAGGCAUCCGCCGCUGGAUGACUUGCUCGGAGCAUCGGCGACUCCGCGGGCACCUCAACAACCUGCGCUGCAGGUUCCCGUGCCAGCUCAAGCUGUUCCACCCAAUGGCACAGCCAAGCCAGUUGUCCCGUGUUACUAUUACCAGAAAGGCAUGUGCGCGAAAGGAAACCUGUGCACAUUCUCGCAUGGGCCGCAGUUUGCUGGAAACCAUGCUUUGCAGCCUCAUCUCCAGCUGAAGAACUCCAACUCGUGGACGAAGCCAACCAAUUCACCCCAACAGAGUACCAUUCCCGCCGUACAUGGCGAGCUUAAAGUCGGUGCUCAGAACGGCAGACCAGCUCAGAAGCAAAAUCCGACAAGCAGGGCUUAUCACUCGCCAGGAAUUUACCAGAAUCAGAAUAAACCUUAUGUGCUUUCUGGUGCGGCAAAGAGUUACCAGCCUCAGCGUUCGGUUGAAGCUGAGUCUGCUGAGAAUGUUAUGGAGACGGGUGAGUUUGUCAGGGAACCUUCUGCUGGUUCCAGUGUGGUUGCCGGGAGUGUCGAGGACGAUGCCGAACGGUCGUUCAAGGAAGGGCACACUAGUAGUUACCGGCGUGCUAGCGGGGAGCAGAACAGUGGGGUGCGUAGGCAAGCACAUGGUGGCUAUGAACUAGAAAGGUCAUCACACAGAAGCUCAUCCGACAGGUUGGUGUCAGAGAGAAGGCUUACGCAGAGAGAGUCGAUGCCUGUAACUGCAGAAAGUUCAGACUUGCGCCACAGGCUACUGAAGCAAAGAAGGCUGAAUGAUUCGAGACAGUCGACACAGGUCCCUGAUAGGCGGGAUAGAAGGUAUCCUGAGGAUGAGCGCGACAGCCAUCAUCGCCGUCGAGGAGAAGAGCGUGCUGCCCACGACGGCCUCUCACGCUCUCGGUUGCAAGGUCGGAUAAAACUUCCAGGGGAGACAUCACUUGACAGACUUGGCCCACACCCACACCUAGAGAAAGAGAGAGGGCAUAGAGACAGGUUGUCUCCACCAAAGCAAACAGACCUUCGAGCAAAGCUUCAUGAUAGGCUAAAGGCUAGAUCGAAUGAGGAGGUCCCUGGUAACCUGAAGAGUUCAGUGGUAAAAGCAAGUAGUGGUGAGGAUGCUGGGGUGGUGAACUUUUCUGGUCCAAAGAGCCUUGCAGAGUUGAGAGCAAAGAAGGCUGCUUACAGAUCAGGAGAAAACACUGUCAAGAAUGCUGGCCGUGUUGCGCGACCAGCCCGUAUGACGUCCGAGAUAGUUGCCAAGAGGGACUCACCAGACCUUGUUCCCUUUGACGGCCCGAAGCCAUUGAGUGUCAUCUUGAAGAGAAAAAGAGAGGCAGCUUCUGCCGAUUCUGGCAGCAUGCAGGAAGAACAGGUUGCAGGUCAGGAGGAACAGUCCCUGAACAAUUCCAGAAUCCUCGACAACGAUAGAGUCGAGGCAAACACCGAGGACAUUGAAGAAGAAGAAGAGUUCCACCCAGAAGAUGAUGUGAUGUACGACGACGAUGGCCUUUCUCCUGCUGAUGACAAUACUGCAGAAGCUGCAGCCGAUGUAGGCAAAGAAGAGCUAGAGGAGGGGCAGCAGGAAGACCUGGAGACAGCAGCAGAAGAAGAAUAUGACUAUCAGGCGGCCGACGAUGCAAAUGCUGAAGGCGAAAAUGACUACCAGGAGUAUGAAGACGACGAUGAUCUGGAGGACGACGAUGAUUUCGCGCGCAAGGUUGGCGUGCUGAUCUCCUAGUGUGCUCUAAGCAGGGUGUGCCCCUAUGGCACACCCACAUAGAUUGAAGCAAAGAGGAGGAGCUACCGGUUGCUCCUCUGAAAAUCUUGAUCCGUAUUUUUUUCGCGCUAGAUACUUUUUAGUUCGCCGCGCCGAAGACUUGGGCUAAUAAAGUCUGGAGAAAGAUGAAAUUGGGGACAAAGUUAGCUCAUGGGGAGUUGGGGGAGGGCCUGGGUUUCUCGCAGUGGAAGCAGGCAGCUACCUGUUGUUGUAUUCUAGUGUAUGCGUGUGUGCUCAGUCCCUGCUUGUGUUGUUGUAACAUUAUUAUUAACUGGUGAUGAACAAACAGAUCACACAUUGUACCACUAUUUUGUAUUUCUUCAGUGCAUAAGAUGGUUACAGGACAA